AAUUUUAGAGAGAAAAGAAAAGGAAAAAAAAAAUCAAAAUUUAUUGAUAUAAUAUAUCCCGUAAUCUCUAUCUUGUACCCAUUUUUGUGAGAAGCGAGAGAGAUUGUGAGGUGAAGGAGUACAUCGCAAGCCUCUCCCGCAAUGGUGAAGAAGAAGCUUCCGCUUCACUCCCCCAUUCUCCUUUUCUUUCUCCUCCUCCUCCUCAAACCAAAGCCCACCAUUCCCCCACAAAUCUAAACCCUCCCUCCCUCCCUCCGCAUAAUCGCCAUGAACGCCCGCAUAAACGUCCUUCUCGUCGUCGUCGUCGUCCUCGUGCUGCUGCCUGGGGGUGUAUUAUGCGAGACCGACCCGGGCGACUAUGCGGUGCUUGACGAGUUCCGGAAGCUUCUGGACAACCCGGAGAAGCUGGGGUGGCCGUCGGAGGGAUCCGACCCGUGCGGGCCCCCGCUGUGGCCCCACGUGUACUGCUCCGGCUCGCGCGUGUCCCAGAUCCAGGUCCAGAACAACCGCUUCCGCGGCCCCCUCCCCUCCCUCCGCGGCCUCCCCGUCCUGCAGUUCGCCUUCCUCAACGACAACCUCUUCGACGCCGUCCCCCCGGACUUCCUCGGCGCCCUCCCCGCCCUCCAGGUCCUCUCCCUCGACUACAACCCCCUCAACCUCACCACCGGCGGUUGGUCCCUCCCGCCCGACCUUACGGACUCCUCCGCCCUCGUCAAUCUCACCCUCUCCCGCGCCGGCCUCGUCGGCCCCAUCCCCGACUUCCUCGGCGCCCUGCCGUCCCUCGCCGUCCUCCAGCUCUCCUACAACAAUCUCUCCGGCCCCCUCCCCGCCUCCUUCGCCGGCCUCUCCAGCCUGCACACCCUCUGGCUCAACAACCAGCAGGGCGCCGCCGCCCUCUCCGGCCCCCUCGACGUCCUCCCCUCCAUGACCAUGCUCGCCGACGUCUGGCUCCACGGCAACGCCUUCUCCGGCCCCAUCCCCCCCUCCGUCGGCGCCCUCUCCGCCCUCACCCGCCUCUGGCUCAACAGCAACCGCCUCGUCGGAUUGAUCCCCACCAAUUUGACCUCCCUCCCCGCCCUGCAGUCCCUGCAGCUCGACAACAACAUGCUGGUCGGCCCCAUCCCCGCCGUCCGCUACAACUUCACUUACACCGGCAACUCCUUCUGCUCGUCCACCCCCGGCGCUCCCUGCUCCCCGCAGGUCGCCGCGCUCUUGGAUUUCCUCGGCGGCGUCAACUACCCCUACAGGCUCGCGCAGUCUUGGUCCGGCGACAACCCUUGCUCCGGGAACUGGAUCGGGGUUUCGUGCUCCGGCGGCGGUAAGGUUUCGGUCAUCAAUCUGCCGAAUUUCGGGCUGAACGGCACGAUCAGCCCGUCGUUGGGCGAGUUGGACGGCCUCGUCGAUAUCAAACUCGGCGGAAACAAUCUUACCGGAACCAUUCCCGCGAAUUUAACCUCGCUGAAAUCGCUCGCGACGUUGGAUGUGUCUUCGAAUAAUUUGAAGCCCCCCGUUCCGGCUUUUAGCAGCAGCGUGAAACUCCUUGUCGACGGAAACCCGGCAUUGACCGGUUCGUCUCCGCCUACUAGCGGUUCCCCUCCUUCGCCCGGUUCUCCGGGUAAUGAGAACAAUUCGCCGAAUUCUCCGAGCAAUUCUCCUCCCUCUGAAGGCGGCGGAGGAUUCACCAAGAGCUCUAAACAUUUUAAUGCCCUAGUCGUGGUGAUUCCGAUCUUUGUCGGGGUAAUUUUGAUAAUCUCUGCUGUUGUUUUCCUUUUGUAUCGGAGGCAGAAGGGGAAAAAGAAUGGAACGGCGCCUAGUCCUAUUGUUAUUCAUCCUCGAGACCCAUCGGAUCCCGAUAAUAUGGUUAAAAUUGUGAUUGCGAACAACACGAACAAUAACGGCUCGCUAUCUAGCGAUCUUCGUAGCGGAGAGAGCAGCGUAUCGAGCAACACUCGCAUCAUCGAGGCGGGCAAUUUCAUAAUCUCGCUUCAAGUCCUUCGCAACGCCACGAAAAACUUUGCGCAGGAAAAUGUUCUCGGGCGGGGAGGAUUUGGGGUGGUCUACAAGGGAAUGCUGCAUGACGGGACGAUGAUCGCAGUUAAGAGGAUGGAGGCGAGCGUUCUGAGCAACAAAGCGAUAGACGAAUUCCAAGCUGAGAUUGCCGUGCUCACUAAAGUGCGCCACCGUAAUUUGGUCUCCAUACUGGGCUAUUCCAUAGAAGACGCCGAGAGGCUUCUUGUUUACGAGUACAUGCCGCAAGGGGCUUUAAGCAAGCACUUGUUCCGGUGGAAGCAGCUUGGUUUGGAGCCCUUGUCGUGGAAGAAGCGGCUUAAUAUUGCGUUAGAUGUAGCCCGAGGAAUGGAGUACCUCCAUAAUUUGGCUCAUCAGUGCUUCAUCCAUAGAGAUCUCAAGUCGUCGAACAUUCUACUCGGCGAUGAUUACAGAGCUAAAGUCUCUGAUUUUGGACUUGUUAAGCUUGCACCCGAUGGGAACUCUGUGGUGACCAGACUUGCUGGGACUUUUGGAUACCUUGCGCCUGAAUAUGCUGUGACUGGGAAAAUCACAACAAAAGCUGAUGUCUUCAGCUAUGGUGUGGUUCUGAUGGAGCUAAUAACGGGCCUCAUGGCCCUCGACGAGUCCCGGGCGGAGGAGACGCGCUACCUCGCCUCAUGGUUCUACAACAUCAAGAACUCCAAAGAAAAACUAAGGGCGGCAAUUGACUUGUCUCUCGAUGUUACAGAUGAGACCUUCGAGAGCAUACGCAUUAUUGCGGAGCUUGCGGGCCACUGCACGGCCCGUGAGCCACACCAGAGGCCUGACAUGGGCCACGCGGUGAACGUGCUUGCCCCGCUGGUCGAGAAGUGGAAGCCCAUUAAGGACGAGCAGGAAGAGUAUUUAGGAAUUGACUUUCGCCAGCCUCUCCUUCAAAUGGUGAAAGGGUGGCAGGCUGGUGAUAGCACGACUAGCGACGUGAGCACUGUGGGCCUGAGCCUUGAUGAUAGCAAAGGGAGCAUCCCGGCCCGGCCUGCAGGGUUCGCGGAGUCCUUCACGUCUGCAGAUGGACGGUGAAUAAGCUUUUCUUUUGUUUUUUAUGUCUUGGGUCUAGUUCUUUUACUUUAAAGCAGAUAUCUUUUGUUUGUGUUCAGCAUGUAGAUAGAUAGCAUUAUAUGUGUAUGCCAUGUUUGGACGGAGGUUUUGACCCCGUUUUGUUUGGUAUAAAAUAGUUCAUGGUAAACUAGCGCUCACUUGCAUGAGCUCAGUUGUUUCUGGGAUAUGUUCUUGUUCAGGCAAUAAUUUAGAUAAAAUGGAGCUUCAAUGGCUUCUUUUUAUUUUAUAUAAUCUGCUAUAUUCAGCUU